UUGAAAUGCUAUCGGGUUUUAUUUGUAUUAGAUCUAAGGAUUUUUUUUCUAGCUCAUUUAGUUAUCGAUGCAGAUUCUCAAUGGAGUCAAGAUGACCUGUUACUGUUCCUUCAGCAAUGUGAACUAGACGACGUGGCAUCAGUGAUGAUUGGAUACGAUGUAACAGGCGCUGAUAUUGCCAAAUGGAAUAAUGACACUCUCGCGAAGCUGGGUAUAGAAAAUGAUGAAAGCCGACAGAAGCUAUUGGGUCAUCUGGACGCACUAAAAAGGCAACAGCGAGAACCCGACACCAGCAGAAUACCGCUUUUUAAAUUGGUUCGUUCAGCAACGUAUGACAAAGUCGUUGCCGUGGAAACCUGUCUGAGCACGAGAGACAUCACAGUAGCUGAAGGAAGAUUUGGUUGCUUGCAAGUCACGAAAGUAAAUGGAGCAAAUAUUCCGUUGAAGGAGCAAGACUGCUUUCUGGAAAUCAACGGUAAGCCAGGCCAGCUCUUCAGAUCACCCCUGAUGUUUACAAAGCUGAUCAGUGACGUUGCUGGUGAGCCUAUUCGCCUUGUCGUUCUUCGAAGGAGAAUUAACUCAGAUGAAGGGGACGAAGAUAUUGGCACUUCUGCAAAAGAGUGCUAUUCGGAAGGAGCAUCACAUUUACGAGAACAGGUGUCGAUUUGA